AUGCCGCUGGGCCUUGUCGAGCGCGCGCACCAUGAGAACCCACGGUACGAGUCCCUAGCCCACGUCCGGCCCACCGUUGACUGCGGGCCACCCAAGGCCCUGGCGCGCCCGCCUCGUCCCCCGGCCUCGUUCACCGCCCGGAGAGAAGCGCAGGUAGAAGCAGCGGUGAACGACAUCAAGAUGAUUGAGAACAUCGCACGGGAGAUGGCACGACCUCCUUCUCUGUCGGUGCUGGAGAGGAAGGGUCCCAUGAGCUUGAACACAAAUCAACGGCGAAAGGAGCUCCAGCGGAUCGACGUGGAGAACCAGCGCCUUCUCAAGCGCUUGGAGAGUCAGAAGUCCGCCUACUCCCGCCGCGACCACAAAAGCAGCUACGAGCAGAGCCGGCGCCACGCGCGGCUUGCCCGCGCUCAUCGGAGCAACUCGCCCCGUUCCUUGCCGCCCCUACCAUCGCGCAGGCGCGACUCAGGGGCGUUGCAAACACCGCGUUCGGAUGGUGGACAGCGGGAGGAUACCGAGGCCAAAAUUGGCAUCCCGGAGGGCCUGGAGGCAGAGGAUACCGAUGGGCCGGAAGAUUUGCUGGAGGGCCCUGUGCGAUCCAGGUCGCUGCAGCCGAAUCUCCAGCAAGAGAAGAUUGAAGCUCGCAUCCACAGCCGCGACGCUCGCGCUCCCCGCCACGUCUCGCCCACCGCUGCGAAAGCUCGCGGCGCAGCGCCGGCGCCGGCCGGGGCCCGUGCUCCCGCUCAGUCGCGAGUUAGCCUGCCUCGCUUGCCACAGUCGCAGUCAAGAGGCAGCAGCCCUCAGCCUCCUCGCGAGCGAAGUGCACCACCAGGCCGGCGGGCAGCACAGCCGGUGCCUAACAAGGGCACCGCUGCGCAGCGAACGUCGGCGUCGGCCCGACCUGCAGUUCGACGGGAAGGAGCCUCAGAGUCCCGGAGCGAGGCUCCCAAGGCGAAGCCUGAGUUGCCGGCGACUCCACAUUCGCCGCAGAAGCAGGUCAACGCCCCAGCCUCCCCUGCGCCCGAGGAGGCCGAGCCGCAAGAGGCGGCGAUACCUGAGGCUUGGGAGGAGCCCUGCUCUCCAGCAGACGCCACAACCGUGGAAGAGGUUCCAGAGGUCGUGGAGGACGAGGACGAACCAUCAUCGCCCUCCUCCCUGCCUCCCGCUGAGCCCAUAAGCACCACAGAGUUUGUGGCGCAGCCCAGCGCGAGCAGUGCGAGCAGCGCAAGCAGCGCAGCAGACACUCAGGGGGAGGCGCCCAGUGCCGUCAGCCCAGGAAAGUGUGGCUUGCCAAUAGAACCCGCACCACUCGCGGACGAGGAGGUGGCAGACUCUGGCGACGAGGCCUAUAGCGAGGAUGAGGACUUCUGCGACGAAGCGGAGGAUGAAAGCACUCCGAUGUCCCCAGGCAACAUGACGGGCCGCAGCCGCAGCGAUGCUGCAAGUGAUCAGGAGGCCCCGACACCAGAAGGCGCUGAGCAGGCCAUUGAGGAGCAUUCCAAGGCACUGCAGCCGGUCCAGAGACCUUCCGAGAACAGCGCCCUGAGCCAGGAGUCGGCCUCGCAACUACAGGCACAUAGCCUGGCCACGAAGGCCCUGUCGACAUCCUUGUCGGCCCUCGUGCCUGGCAACGAAGGCCCGGAGGCACCGAGUCAGCCUGGCAGCGACACGCCCACAAGCGUGGAAGGAUCAGGGCGGUCACUUGACAUCCCGCAUGACGACGGGGACGUCGUAAGUGCACACUCCGACUCUGAAGAUGAGAGUUGA